CCAUGGUCUCCCUGCUCGGCGCGAGGCCUCGGUGGGCGCUGCUGGGGAUGCGGGCGGCCCGCUCCGGCCUCUGCCCGCCCGGGGCCAGAGCCAAGGCCGCGAUGCCCGCCGCCCUCCCGGCAGCCGAGGCUUCUGGAGCCGGGCCUGGCACCCCGAGACUGCGGAGCGCGGAGGAGCUUUCCGGGCCAGGGCAUCUGCGUUUUCUUUUCGAGUUGUUCAUGAAAGGCUAUGCUUUGCAACUGCACAAGCUCCAGGUGCUGCACAAGGCCAAGUAUGGUCCAAUAUGGGUAACUCACACAGGACCUCGAACCAUGGUGAACCUGGCCAGUGCCCCACUCCUGGAGCAAGUCAUGCGGCAAGAGGGCAAGCAUCCUGUACGGAACGACAUGGAACUAUGGAAGGCACAUCGGGACCAGCAUGGCUUGGCCUAUGGGCCCUUAACCACGGAGGGGCACAACUGGUACCGGCUGCGCCAGGUUCUGAACCAGAGGAUGCUGAAGCCAACGGAGGCUGCGCUCUAUGCAAAUGUUGUGAACGAGGUGAUUGAUGACUUCAUGGUGAAGCUGAACCUCACAAGGGCAGAGAGUGCCUCGGGGGACCAGGUGUCUGACAUGGCUCAGCAACUGUACAACUUCGCCUUGGAAGCUAUUUGCUACAUCCUGUUUGAGAAACGUGUUGGCUGCCUGCAACGCUCCAUCCCCCAGGACACGUUGUCCUUCAUCAAAUCGGUUGAGCGCAUGUUCUAUAACUCAGUCUAUGUCACCUUUCUCCCCAAAUGGACCCGUCCUCUGUUGCCUUUCUGGAGCCGAUACCUGGAUGGCUGGAACAACAUCUUCUCUUUUGGCAAGAAGAUGAUUGAUGAAAAACUCAAGGAGAUGGAGGCCCAGCUCCAGACAAAAGGGCCAGAGGGGGUCCAGGUAUCUGGUUACCUGCACUUCCUGCUGACCGGUGGACAGCUCAGUCUUAAUGAAGCCCUGGGCUCCCUGUCUGAGCUGCUCUUGGCUGGAGUAGACACGACUUCCAACACCAUGACUUGGGCCCUGUACCACCUUUGCAAGCAUCCAGAGAUCCAGGCCGCCUUGUACAAGGAGGUGGUGAGCGUGGUGCCAGCUGGAAAGGUGCCCCAGUACAAGGACAUUGCCCGCAUGCCCUUGCUUAAAGCUGUGAUUAAAGAGACCCUGCGGCUCUACCCUGUGGUCCCCGUGAACUCCCGGGUUAUCACAGAAAAAGAGGUUGAAGUUGGUGGUUUCAUUUUCCCCAAAAACACCCAGUUUGUGCUGUGCCACUUUACGGUGUCUAGGGAUUCUAGUGUCUUCCCUGAGCCAGACAGCUUCCAGCCCCACCGCUGGCUGAGGAAGAGUGAAUCUGACACCGUCAAGGUCAAACAUCCAUUUGGCUCUGUGCCCUUUGGCUACGGGGUCCGGGCUUGCGUGGGCCGGAGGAUUGCAGAGCUGGAGAUGCACCUGCUGCUGACAAGACUGAUCCAGCAGUACGAGGUGGUGCUGGCCCCCGAGACAGGGGAGGUGAAGGACAUGGCCCGCAUUGUCCUGGUUCCAAAUAAGAAGGUGGGCCUACGUUUCUUGCAGAGACAGUGCUGAACCCCUGCCUUCCUGGGACUUGUUCCUGAGGUGCAGUAAUUCCUGGCCACUGCUGUGUCUCAGAUGAGGGGGGAGAGAAGGUUGUAGAAACUCAGAGCACUUCCCAUUGGACUCUGAACUUUUGCAGCUUUGAUCGUUUAGAGCAGAUAAACAACCACCCCCUAUUCACAUACCAUCCUUGGGGAAAUACAGAAUAAAGGACUUUUGUGGAUCAUUGGAGACCUUUGUCAUUCUUUUUGAU